CCCGGUCACGUGACUCUGCGUGGCGGCGCGACCGCCAUCUUGUGUUGUUGGGACUGAGGCUUCGCUUCGGCUCCGUGGGACUCUCCGUUCGGGACCGUAGGUUAACACUUUAAAAAAAAAAAAGAGGAAUAGAACAGAAAAAAAUGGCAGCAGAAACUCAGACACUUAACUUUGGGCCUGAAUGGCUGCGAGCUCUGUCUAGUGGCGGAAGUGUAACGUCCCCUCCUCUGUCUCCGGCUUUGCCAAAGUAUAAACUUGCAGAUUAUCGCUAUGGAAGAGAAGAAAUGUUGGCACUUUUUCUAAAGGAUAAUAAGAUACCUUCAGAUCUACUGGAUAAGGAGUUUCUGCCUAUUUUACAGGAGGAGCCCCUGCCACCACUGGCACUUGUACCAUUUACAGAAGAAGAACAGAGAAAUUUCUCCAUGUCUGUAAACAGUGCUGCUGUCCUGCGAUUGACGGGACGCGGAGGAGGAACGGUGGUAGGGGCUCCUCGAGGUCGAAGUUCCUCUAGAGGUCGAGGCAGAGGCCGAGGAGAAGGUGGUUUCUACCAAAGAAGUUUUGAUGAAGUAGAGGGUGGAUUUGGGCGAGGAGGGGGCAGGGAAAUGCACAGAUCGCAGAGUUGGGAGGAAAGGGGAGACAGGCGGUUUGAAAAACCAGGGCGAAAAGAUCCAGUGAGACCAAAUUUUGAGGAAGGUGGGACAACAGCAACAGGGAGGAAACAUGAGUUUAUACGCUCUGAGAGCGAAAACUGGCGCAUCUUCAGGGAAGAACAAAAUGGGGAAGAAGAUGAUGGAGGCUGGCGAUUGGCAGGGUCACGAAGGGAUGGUGAGAGGUGGCGCCCUCACAGUCCAGACGGCCCUCGUUCUGCAGGCUGGCGAGAACAUAUGGAGCGACGACGAAGGUUUGAAUUUGAUUUCCGAGAUCGGGAUGAGGAGCGGGGUUAUCGGCGAGUGCGGUGUGGCAGUGGCAGCAUGGAGGAUGACAGCCUCCCAGAAUGGUGCUUAGAAGAUGCAGAAGAAGAAAUGGGAACAUUUGACUCAUCUGGGGCCUUCCUCUCGUUAAAGAAGGUUCAGAAGGAACCAAUUCCUGAAGAACAGGAAAUGGAUUUCCGACCUGUGGAGGAAGGGGAAGAACAUUCAGACUCUGAAGGCAGCCACAAUGAAGAAGCCAAAGAACUUGAAAAGUCAGUCAAGAAGGAGGAUAAAACAGAUAUGGUAGCAGCAGAAGCAGUGGAAGAUACUGUCAAAGAAUCUGUACCAUCCACAAGGUCAGGUACACCACCAAAACCCCAGCCUCAAGAAUCUCUGCAGACCAGCCUGUUUGAAAGGAAGGAAGAAUGUGCCCCAGAGAGGACUGAAAGAGCAGAAGAUAAAGAAAAUAGAACAGAAAACACACCACCAGCCAAAGUGCCUGGUAAAGAAGAUAUGGCUCCUGCUGCCCAGCCUAUGCCCCAGAUUCCUCCAGCUGCACCUUCUCCAAUUCACCAUUCUCCUCCUAUUUCUAAUCCAAGUCCUGCUAUAAGGCCUGUUCAAACAUCUGUCACAGCUGCUCCUGGCAUGAGCAACAUUCCUGCUGAUCCAGAUGAUGAAGAAGGCCUCAAGCACUUAGAGCAGCAAGCAGAGAAAAUGGUGGCAUAUCUGCAGGACAGUCCACUGGAUGAUGAGAGACUGGCAGCAAAACUUCAAGAGCACAGAGCAAAGGGUUCCUCAAUACCAUUGCUCCAUGAAGCCAUGCAGAAGUGGUACUACAAGGAUCCACAAGGAGAAAUUCAGGGUCCCUUCAGUAACCAGGAGAUGGCAGAGUGGUUCCAGGCUGGAUAUUUCACAAUGUCCCUGUUGGUAAAGCGAGCAUGCGAUGAGAGCUUCCAGCCACUUGGAGACAUCAUGAAAAUGUGGGGCAGGGUUCCUUUCACUCCAGGUCCAGCACCACCUCCACAGAUGGGCGAGCUGGACCAGGAGCGACUGACUAGACAGCAAGAACUCUCAGCCUUGUACCAAAUGCAGCACCUGCAGUACCAGCACCUUUUGAUACAACAACAAUAUGCACAGGUGCUGGCACAGCAGCAAAAAGCAGCUCUGUCAUCUCAGCAGCAGCAGCAACUGGCUCUUCUUUUGCAACAGUUCCAGGCCCUGAAGAUGAGAAUAUCGGAACAGAACCUCAUGCCACCUGUAACAAGGUCUGUGUCAGUGCCGGACACUAGCUCGAUUUGGGAGCUUCAGUCAGCAGCCUCACAGCCUACAGUUUGGGAAGGAAGUAGUGUCUGGGACCUCCCCAUUGAUACUGCAGCUCAGGGACCAGCUCUAGAACAGCUUCAGCAGCUUGAGAAGGCCAAAGCUGCAAAGCUAGAGCAGGAGAGGAGAGAAGUGGAGAUAAGAGCCAAACGAGAAGAGGAAGAGAGGAAAAGGCAGGAGGAACUUCGGAGACAACAAGAAGAGCUACUUAGGAGACAGCAGGAGGAAGAAAGGAAACGACGAGAAGAGGAGGAACUGGCUCGUAGAAAGCAGGAGGUGACAAUGAGAGCUGAGAGGGGUGAAGCAGUAGACUUAAUCUGCCUGGACUUCAGGAAGGCUUUUGAUACAAUACUUCAUAAAAGACUAGUAUAUAAGGAAGAAGCCCUGAGAAGACAGAGAGAACAAGAAAUUGCACUAAGACGGCAGCGGGAAGAAGAGGAGAGACAACAGCAGGAGGAAGCACUUAGAAGACUGGAGGAGAGGAGAAGAGAAGAAGAAGAAAGGCGGCAGAGAGAGGAGUUGCUUCGCAAACAGGAAGAGGAGGCUGCCAAAUGGGCCCGUGAAGAGGAGGAGGCCCAGCGUAGACUUGAAGAAAAUCGGCUGCGCAUGGAAGAGGAGGCAGCUAGGUUACGGCUCGAAGAGGAAGAGCGAAAGAGCAAGGAGUUGGAACUUCAGCGCCAGAAGGAAAUAAUGAGACAGAGGCAGCAGCAACAGGAGGCGCUUCGGCGGUUGCAGCAGCAGCAGCAGCAGCAACAACUUGCACAAAUGAAGCUUCCUUCAUCUUCGACAUGGGGUCAGCAAUCAAAUUCAGGAGCAUGUCAGUCCCAGACCACAUUAUCCUUGGCAGAAAUCCAAAAGCUUGAAGAAGAGAGAGAGCGGCAGCUUCGUGAGGAGCAAAGGCGCCAGCAGCGUGAACUAAUGAAAGCCCUCCAGCAACAGCAGCAGCAGCAGAAACUGUCGGGAUGGGGUAAUGUCACCAAACCAACAGGCACUACCAAAUCUCUCCUGGAGAUACAGCAGGAAGAGGCAAGACAGAUGCAGAAGCAACAGCAGCAGCAACAGCAGCACCAGCAGCCAAACAGAGUCCGCAAUACUACGCAGCAUUCUAACCUGCACACCAGCAUUGGGAAUUCAGUGUGGGGCUCUCUAAACACUAAUCCCAGCAACCAGUGGGCAUCUGACUUAGUCAGCAGUAUCUGGAGUAAUGCUGAUUCCAAAAACUCGAACAUGGGAUUCUGGGAUGAUGCAGUGAAGGAAGUGGGACCUCGUAACUCGACCAACAAAAACAAGAGCAAUGCCAGCCUCAGCAAAUCUGUAGGUAUCACAAGCAGACAGAAUAAGAAAGUAGAAGAAGAGGAGAAGCUGUUGAAGUUGUUCCAAGGAGUUAAUAAAGCCCAGGAUGGAUUUACUCAGUGGUGUGAACAGAUGCUUCAUGCACUCAACACAGCCAAUAAUUUAGAUGUUCCCACGUUUGUUUCUUUCCUGAAGGAAGUGGAAUCUCCAUACGAGGUCCAUGAUUACAUCAGAGCCUACCUUGGAGAUACCCCUGAAGCCAAGGAAUUUGCCAAGCAGUUUCUUGAGCGCCGUGCCAAACAGAAAGCCAGUCAGCAACGGCAGCAGCAACAACAGGAUUCAGUGUGGGGAAUGAACCAUAGUGCACUGCAUUCGGUCUUUCAGACCAAUCAAAGCAACAACCAGCAAUCCAACUUUGAGGCUGUGCAGAGCGGGAAGAAGAAGAAGAAACAGAAAAUGGUUCGAGCAGAUCCCAGUUUGUUAGGGUUUUCAGUGAAUGCCUCAUCAGAGCGGCUCAACAUGGGAGAAAUAGAGACUUUGGAAGACUACUGAGCAUGUGCAGAUCGACCGGCUUUUCCUGCAUCUGUUAACCAUGGAUUCUCCGUCUUUGGCUGCAGUUCUUUCUCCACUUUGCAUUCUUCUUUGCCUUGCAGUGAAUCACAGAAUCAAUCAUCUCAGGCUGCUUUUUCCAGUCCCGACAAACCCUUUCCGCCCAGGACUGCACAGUCAUUGGCGUUGCUGUCAGCCUAAGGACAACUUUGUUCUGUCUCCUAAAUGGGUGGGAGAUAGUAUUCAUUCACAACAAGGCUGCUUGUGACCCACAAGCUUUCACUGUGCUGUGAUUUCUUCUGUUGACUUCUCUGGAAAAUCAUUUGGGAUUCUGCAAACGGUAGCUUCCCUCUCCUGGUUAUUCGUACCACAUCCAACUUGUGCAAUCAUGGAGAGAGUUUGUGGUUAACAGAUGUCAGUCAAAACCAAAAUGCCACACAGAUACUGACUUCAGUGCUCCAUCAGGGCAAGCGGUGCUCUCCACAUCCAGGAGUUGCAUUCAUAAGCUAACUUGAGAACUGGCAACAGCAGGAGAGGGUGGUGGUGGGCAGAAUUUAGCUUGGAUUGGUUUGAUGUUGCACACCCCCUGCCAGCCCUUCUCAGCACAUUACUUUUGGAGGGAAAGCUCGAGUCUGUCUUCAGUAGGUGGUGAUGUCAAAGCUACUGGAGUGCUCCCUCCAGCACACUCCAGCCUUCCUGGACAAACGAGGACUCUUAAUCUGGGGAAGGGGAAGUCUCGAUCUCUUUUCUUUCAGGUUGAAUUUACUCCCUUCAGUAGUACCUUCAGAGGGAUAAGACCAGUUUAUCUGGGGCUCUUCUGCCAUGAUUUUGUCUCGUUUCAGAGAUAGCUAGGAUCUUUCCCAUAUGUAUCUUUUGCAUGGGGGUAGAUACUGGUUUCCACAUCUGUAUCCCUAACAGUCUCAGCUAACUACAUAUGGCAGUGAUUCAGCAUUUCAUUACAGCAGCAUUCAAGCUAAGAGGCAGAGACCUGACUUCUGACAGCAACUGAAUUCCUGGGAACCAAGGAAAAAGGAAAGUGAGGUGUGCAGUGGUAACCCUGAUUACCUACCACACCUUCUUACUUAAUAUCCAUCCCUUCAUUUCAGGUCCCAUUUAUGAAUAUUUAUGGAACAUAACUCCCCUUCUCCAAAAGAGAUUUAAAUUAAGAAAAAAUGAGAAACAUCAACAUCAAUCUGAACUUGCCAAAUGCACUUAGCUUCAACAUACAUCCCCUGGUCCCAGCUUCUAUUCCUGGAGGGCUGCAGUAUGCCUGUAGGAGAAAUGCUGCAGUUUUGGUGGAGCUGUAUGAAGGGUGCUGCCCUUCUGUCAUCACUGCCUGAAGAAAGCCACUCGAGUUGCUCAAGAGCAGUUUGGCUUUGGAUUUUAUUUCGUUUGGUUUAUUCAUUUUUUGGGGUCACCCUCCCCUCCUCCUCUCUCUUCCCCCUCUCCCCCAGAUAUGUACAGUAACUAUACAGAGACUGCUGCAGACUUGUAUAUAGUUUUUGGAUCCAGUAGCAUGGAGAGACUUGGAACUGUUGCAAAUCUGGUCUCCCUGUCUCCUUUGCUUUGUAAAUUCAUAAAGGGGGGAAGAGGGGUAGUUAAAAUGUUUACAAAACUUUAAACUCCCUCUGAACUUUUGCCAGUGUGGGGGGAAAAAAGAGAGAACUUAAAUAAAACCUGGUUGUAUUAUAUCUGA